CCGGCUAUGUGUAGUUUUAUCAGGGCAAUUGUUUCUCUAGGUUAAGGCUUGGCUGGAAAAACACAGGUGUUAGCUUCUUUGUUUAGUUCGGUGGGAAAGCGGCAUGAAAAUGAAGCUCUCUGGUGUAUUAUUUAUUAUUGCCACUCUUGGCAUUGCUUCAGCCUACGCGAAAACGCAAAAAAGUCCCGUUAUCGACAAUAUAACGGACAUGAAAGAACUGAAGAAACUGUUUCGCACAAAAACAAAUGUUCUGAUACUGUUCGUGGCAGGAAUGAAGGACAACAAUGCACUGCUGGCGUCCUUCAGAGAUGCAGCGCAUGCUGUAAAAGGCCAGGGCACGAUGGUGCUGCUCGAUUGCAACAAUUCUGAGGUGAAGAAAAUUUGCAAAAAGCUCAAGGCCACACCAGCACCCUUUGCGCUGAAGCAUUUCAAAGACGGCGACUUCCAUAAGGAUUACGAUCGGCAGCUAACGACAACUAGCAUGGUUAAUUUUAUGCGCGAUCCAACCGGAGAUCUGCCUUGGGAGGAGGAUCCGAUCGGUGCCGACGUGGUGCACGUUCCCGAUGCCGUGACAUUGGGGAAAUUUUUGAAAAAAGAAGUGAAGCCAACACUGGUGAUGUUUUACGCUCCGUGGUGUGGUUUUUGUAAGACGCUCAAGCCCGAAUUUUCUGCCGCUGCAACGGAACUGAAAGGACGAUAUGUGCUGGCCGCAAUUGACGUUAAUCGACCCGAAAACUCGAUCAUUCGCAAGCAGUACAACAUUACCGGGUUUCCAACAUUACUAUAUUACGAGAACGGUCGGAUGAAGUACACUUUCGAGGGAGAAAAUAACAAAGCAGGAAUUGUGGCAUUUAUGAAAAAUCCGGCCGCCCCACCACCGACCAAGCCAAAGGAAGCGGAUUGGGCAUCAGAAAGCUCGUCCGAAAUUGUACAUCUGACGGCGGGAAGCUUUGAACCUGCCUUGAAGGACGAAAAAUCGGUACUAGUAAUGUUUUACGCACCGUGGUGUGGUCACUGCAAAAAGAUGAAACCUGAGUACGAAAAAGCGGCCGAAAUUAUGAAAGCCAAAAACAUUCCCGGAGUUCUUGCAGCGCUCGAUGCAACAAAGGAAGCAUCCGUAGGCCAGCAGUAUGGCGUGAAAGGCUAUCCGACGGUCAAGUAUUUUAGCAAUGGUGAAUUUAAAUUCGAUGUGAAUGUUCGGGAGGCGGAUAAGAUCGUAAAGUUUAUGGAGAAUCCAACAGAGCCGCCACCUCCUCCCGCACCAGAAACGCCAUGGGAAGACGAACCGUCGGAGGUGGUACAUUUGAAUGAGGAAACGUUUAAACCAUUCCUGAAGAAAAAGAAGCACGUACUAGUGAUGUUUUAUGCGCCAUGGUGCGGGCAUUGUAAGCGAGCGAAGCCAGAAUUCGCACGAGCGGCCGAACAUUUCAAAGAGGAUCCAAAAACGGAGCUGGCAGCGGUCGACUGUACCCGGCACAGUGCCGUUUGUUCGUCUUACGAAGUCCGCGGAUAUCCUACAAUUAAGUAUUUCAGCUACCUAAAAACCGUACGCGACUACAAUGGUGGCCGGACGGAGACUGAUUUUAUUGCCUACCUGAAGGAUCCCAGCGCAACACCCCUGAAGACUGACAAAGUAGCCGAGCCGUUUGGAGAUUUUCCCGGUUCUGAUAACAUACUUAUUUUAACUGACGCCAACUUCGAAGAGGUGUCCAAACGGGAACCGAAUCUGCUAGUUAUGUUCUACGCUCCGUGGUGUGGCCAUUGCAAGCACAUGAAGCCCGACUUUGCCAAGGUAGCUCAGCUUUUGGCAACCGAGAAAGUCUCGGCCAAGGUGGCUGCCCUCGAUUGCACGGUGCAUAUGAAAACGGCCGAAAAGUUCCAAAUACGGGGCUAUCCGACGCUUAAGCUCUUCGCCAACGGGCAAUUUCGGCGAAACUACGAAGGCAAGCGCACUGCGCAAGAUAUGCUUCAGUUCCUGCGGACUGAUGGCGCAGUGGCUAAGGAUGAGCUGUAAAAUGAAUGCUUCUUUCUAUUAUCUCGGUACUCUUUAUGCCACUUUGAACGAUCAAAUUUUCUUUACUCACGUCCAGGUAGCAGCGCCAAAGCGCUAGACGCCAUUGUGUGCAUGUACUCACUCAGUUUUGUCUAUUAUUGAAUGAUGGGCAACAUAUGUCUACCUCUUAUCGUAAAACUCUCAAUGUCCUCUGUUUACUAGAUGUAAAUAUUAUGUCGUCUUUGUGUCACGUAUAGCGGAAUUCGUCCGUAUUGCUGUACAACCGUUACUUUGUAAACAAAAUAAAGACUAACUUCAUCACUUUCUA